AUAUGCCACAAAAGUUCGGUGGGAUCCAUGAUGAUGGAGGGGAGCCUAGCCCUAUUCAGCAUUGAAUCCGAGUGUACAUACAAUGUGGACGUUGAGCGUUGACUUGGCCCCUUAAACGUCACGGUUGAUAUGUCGAAGAAAUAUGUCCGGAAUCCCUACACUUGAGACGGAUUAGCACUUGGAUGACCGCAACUCGAUUCAGGUAUUACUUACGGUUCACCGGCUCCCGGCCCUCAGCCACAGCUGAACAACCAACUCCUCGCAGAUGGUGCAACCAAACACAUGCAUCAUCAUUCACGACUGACCUCGCGUCGAUGAAAACCCAAUGGACGGAAGCAGCACGACCUCUUCAGCUGCUAAUCGGCAAGCUGUCGACACUUCGGGCGGCCCUCGCCCAGAUCAAGGACUGGGUCGACUUCAAUGCGUCAACUAGUCCAAAUGGAGAGGAGAUGCAGGGCAACCUGGGGGUUGCUAUUGAGGGUUGCCAGGUCAUCAUCGAAGCCCUGGAUCGCGAGACAACAAGCCUGCUAGGUGAUUCAUUGGUAUCACGCCUCAAGCAGUUCUUUUUCGAUUCAGUCAUCAGAGAAUACGAGAAUCGUCUCGCAUCUCAGAUCACGGCUCUACAGUUGCUUCUGACAGCCGCGUAUUGCUACUAGUACGCUGACGCUAGCAUUGUCUUGACCUACCUUAGCCAAAACCUAUCCGAACAAAACAGCUUGCUACGACAAUCGGCAGCCCGAGACGUGUUUCAACGCAUCCGUGAGGACACAAGCACGGUGCG